AACACGAAGCGCGCGAGUUUCGAUAAAAAUCACGAAAUAGGGGUGUGUGAUACAAAACGAUACGUCAAGCAUCGGUAAUAACUAUCCGAAAAUCCACAAAAUGAAAUGUUAAAAAAAAUUAAAUGCCCUUGAAGAUUUUCCCUCUCUUCAAAAAGCAAUGAAUUUUCCCCCAAUUUUGAGAGCAUUUGAAAGGAUCCGUUCCAAUCGACUUUCCGUUGAGCCCGAGAUUCUGAAUCAAAGGUCAGCCAGGCAGUAUCAAUGCACUCAUGCAAUCCACCGGAACUGACACAAGUCGGUUGCAAUAAUUAUAACCAGAUAAAUGGUUAUGAUGCCCUUGAAUAUCGCGAUAUAAAUCCCCAAACAGUGUAACUGAGGUAAAGACAGAAAGAAAAAGCGCGCACGCUCCAAUCCAAGGGUUUAUACCCGUAGCAAAGCACGAAACAAAUGCAGACGAUAAAGCGCAGGCGGUGACACAAGAGGGUGAAGAACAUUGAGCUCUUAGAGGCUUUGACAAUUUUCGGCAAUUGCAAGUUUUUGUGGCUCUGGAGGAUUGUUUUGCUGGAAAUUGAGGACCCGGUAGAGGAAAAUGAGAGUCAACGAACUCGAGCAUAAGGGGGACAGGUGGAAUAAUCAAUAGGGGCGUCCGGGUGAGUGAAAUACGUCGGGAAUUACAACUGCAACUGUUGCUUAUGGAGGAUUUAUCGAUUUUAACUGUGAAUUUAUGUAAAAGCUGGCGGGAUUGAUGUGUUUCUUUGAGUUUCGGGUUGGGAGACCGUCGGAGGAGUUAUCUGUGUGUGGAAAGUGUGGGAUUCGACGGAUUCAUCGGCAUUGAUUACCCAAAUUAGUGAAGGAGAAUUUUUUAUGAUUUGGGCGAGCGGAGAAAGGAGAAUUUUAUAGCUCUGUUGGUUGGGAGUUUAUAGCUGGGUGCACUGAGAAAAACUUUCAUGGUAAUUUUAACUACACGAAAAUGGUAAAAGGAAUUAUCUUUAUAAUAGAAACAGACUUUGAAAAUUCAUCAAGUAUCGAUCAUUCAAUUUAGUAUAUCAAAUGGUGUCAUCAAGAUUAUGGGGUAAUUUCACUUUUAAUGUUACAGUUACAUCUACAAUUUUUAUCGCUAUCGUAAGGAAUAUUUUUUCACCAUUUCAUAAUUUUGGGAAAUGUUUACAAAAAGUUUUUACUUUGAAACUCCCAGGGUAUAAAAAAUUAUUCUCAGAUUUUUUCAUACGAUUAAUGAUUGUCUUUUUGUCCUUUUUUCAUGCGUAGAAAAUGAAAUGUCCAAGAGGACACCUAAAGUCAGCUCCGAACACGUGAACAAGUCCACAACCAUGACAGUCGUCCACACUAAAAAUCCUUGGAGCUUCGUUGCACCAAUAUCUCCAUCGAGAAAGAGUCCCUGGCCUAGUGGUAUCGACGCAAGCUGGGAUAAUAACAGCCCUGCAACGUCUUCCUCGUGGCCCGAAGACAUUGAGGAUGCUGCGACAAAAAAAGUACUGGAUUUAUGGAACGCUGUUGAAAGAACUCUUUACAAGGAGGAUAAUGAGGAGGUGGCGGUGGCCCAAGGGAAUACCGCGGAGGAGUGUAUUCAAUGGAGAACACAAAUUCCACAUUUCAGAGUGGUUGGGAAGAAGAUUAAUAUUGAAGUUGUUGAUGAUGAUGGGGAGAAAGCUUCCGCAUCAAAAAAAAGUAAAGAUCUUAAAGAAAAAAUCAUAGAUCUCCUGGUAGAUUACAUAAUGGAUGAAGUAGAAAAGGACGAUUUAGCGUCAGACACAUCAAAGGAACUAGACGACGUACUCCGUAUAACUCCAGCGCCGACGUACAGUGGUAGAAAGUUAUUAAAAUCGCGAGAAUUAAGUAAUUCAAGUAGAAAUCGUAGUGCCAAUAGAAUAAAAUCGUUCGAAUUGACUGAACUGAUUACCGAUAGCAAAGCUUUCAAAAAACUACCGCAUAAUGCCAAAACCUCAAUUGACGAUAAUAAUGAGGACGAUGAUGACGAUGAUGAUGAUGAAGUCUCAAGUGUUGAUACAAAUCAGCUUGGUAGGAAUAAACUUGGGACUGUUUUUAAUAAGAAAAUUGUUGUCAGUCCUGUACCAUUUGCGGUUACAACGCGCGAAAGUUUUUGCACGUUGAGAACAACACCGAUUAAAUAUGCUGGACAUCUACUAGAGCUUACAACACCUCAGGGAUUCUACAGAAACAUGAGCUCGGCUUCUAAAAUCAGCUCCGCAAAGCGUUCGACCUUCUCGAAACUACCCCAACGGCACUCGUCAGCGUGGCAGGCCCCUGUGUCCCGUUCAGCCUGUCCAAAAAACGUUCGCCUUGCUCCCAUCGAUCCCUCGCGAUUGCCCAGCAGUAAUAAAAAUAGAUCAGGAGCCCUUCCAGCGUUACCUCAGCGCCCCAAAAAUUCACUCAGUCCAAUUUCUCGGCCGUUCAAGGUCGCGUCCGCGGAUAAUUUCACAGUCGAGAGUUUGGAGAUUCAGGGCAAGCAGAUCGCACAAUCGGCAAAGCCUAGUUUAAUCAAAAAUGGAUGGGAUAAUCCGAGGACACAGAGGAGAAAAAAAAAGUGAAGAACGAGUGAUCGAUCUGGUUCGGAAUAGACUGAUGAAUAAAGUUUUGUGAUUGGAGGAGGAAUUUUAUAACGUUGUUGAGGAAUUUCAGAGAGUGAUUGCACUUUUUUUAGAGUUACCACUGCAGGGAGAAUCCUCUAUGGCACAUGAGUUCGAUAUUAAUUGAUGAUCGAUCUACCUCACUUUUGUAAUUGUUGAUCUUGAGGAAGUGGUAACAGCUGCAGUCUGACGACAUGUAUUUUUUAAUAAAUGUUAUAUGA